AUGGCACAUUUUUCCAUGAUAAAAUGGAUUAUGAUAAUAUUUUUCAUCUGGUCCAUAUCUGCACAACAAUGUGAUCAACCUGUGGAAACAGCACGUUUCGAUUGUCAUCCUGAACCAUUUGCAUCAUCAGAAAAAUGCCUGGCUCGUUACUGUUGCUGGAAACCGAUCUUUUCAUCGACAAAUCAUUCGACUAAUUCUCUUGAAGUAAACGUGCCUUCUUGUUAUUAUCCACGAGAUUUUCCAACAUAUAAAAUAAUAACUAAUGAAUCAACUGUUUUUGGCCAACGAUUAACAAUUGUUAAACAACAAUCAACUUAUAUGCCUAAUGAAAUUCUGAAUUUGACAGUUGAUCUUCUCUAUGAAACAGCACAACGAUUUCGUUUACGAAUUUAUGAUUCAACGAAGAAACGUUUCGAGGUACCACUUCCAGUUCCUGUCGUUGGAACAAAAUCUAAUGUCACUGAUUACGAAGUUUCAUUGAAUCAAGCACCGUUUGCUAUUCUUGUCAAACGAAAAUCAACCGGUGUGACAUUAUUCGAUUCCAGUACAUCACCACUGAUUUAUGCCGAUCAAUUCAUUAAAUUUUCAAGCUAUCUUUCCAGUCCAUUUCUCUAUGGUCUUGGUGAACAUCGACAACCGUUAUUGAUCAAUGUCACAAAUGAAUGGAGAAAAUUAACCUUUUGGACUCGUGAUGAAUAUCCAGUUCAGAACGUUAAUCUGUAUGGUGUUCAUCCAUUUCACAUCAAUGUGGAAAUGAAAAGUAAUACACUAAUCAAUUUCCAUGGACAUUUUUUUCUCAAUUCGAAUGCGAUGGAUGUUGAUCUUCAACCAUUACCUGCCAUUAGUUAUACAACAAUUGGAGGUAUCAUCGAUUUAUAUUUAUUUACUGGACCCACAGCACAAGACGUCAUUCAACAAUAUUGGGAUGUUAUCGGGAAACCUGCUAUGCCACCUUAUUGGUCUCUUGGCUUUCAUCUAUGCCGUUGGGGAUACAACAAUAUCGACAAUUUGCGAACCGUCAUUCAGCGAAUGCAUGAUGCCCAAUUUCCAUAUGAUGUUCAAUGGACAGAUAUUGAUGCAAUGAGAUCUAAUCUUGAUUUUACCUAUGAUCCAACCAAUUUCAAUGGCCUCCCAGAUCUUGUUCGUUCGUUGCAAUCUGAGGGUAAACACUAUGUUAAUAUUAUUGAUCCAGGUAUCAGCCCAACACAACCACCUGGAACCUAUCCACCGUACGAUGAAGGAUUGAAAAGAGCGAUUUUCAUGACUAAAUUUAAUUCAACUGAACUAAUUAUUGGACAAGUUUCACCAGGAUUGACAGUAUUUCCAGAUUUUACCAAUGCAAGUACUGUUGAAUGGUGGACGAAUAUUGCUGCUGCAUUUCACGAUAUAAUUCCAUUCGAUGGUAUUUGGAAUGAUAAGAAUGAACCAUUAAAUGGCGUUGAUGGUUCCAUUGAUGGUUGUACAAAUAAUUCAUUAGAUAAACCUCCAUUUGUUCCAAACGUACUCGACAAUUCGCUCAGUGCAAAAACAUUAUGUCCAUCUGCACAACAUGCAAGUUCCUCCCAUUAUAAUUUGCACAGUAUGUAUGGUUAUUUCGAAGCAAAAGCCACUAAUCUUGCACUGAAAGCAAUUCGUCAUAAACGACCAUUCGUUUUGUCUCGUUCGACAUUUCCCGGCUCGGGUCAAUACGCUGCCCAUUGGACCGGUGAUAAUCGCGCAACAUUCGAAGAUAUGUACUUUUCAAUUCCAGCCAUUCUCAGUUUCAACAUGUUCGGUAUACCCAAUGUCGGUGUCGAUGUUUGUGGUUUCUUUCAUGAUACAACUGAAGAAUUGUGUACACGGUGGAUGCAAUUGGGUGCAUUCUAUCCUUUUAUGAGAAAUCACAAUGCUGCCGGUGAUAAGGAUCAAGAUCCUGCUGCAUUCUCCUGGACAAGUCAACAGAUCAUGAAACAAGCAUUGCUAAUGCGAUAUUCCCUAUCUCCAUUCUGGUACACUCUUCAUUAUCAAGCAACAACGUUGUCAAAAACUCUAGUACAACCACUUCAUUUCGAAUUCCCAAAUGACAACAAAACACUUGGCAUCGAUCAACAAUUUUUAAUUGGCCGUGCCAUUCUUGUUUCACCAAAUCUUGUUUCACAAACAACUACAGUACAUGCGUAUAUUCCACAAGAUGUUUGGUAUGAGUUUUCAUCAGGUGUUAAAGUGAAAGUUAUCGGUGUAUUUACUGAUCUUGAUGCUCCUCUAGAAAAGAUAAAUGUUCAUGUUCGAGGUGGCUUUAUCAUUCCAAUGCAAAUACCUGGAUCUAAUUUAAUGAUUGGUCGUGGAAAUCCAUUUACUUUACUUGUUGCUCAAUCAGCAUCGGAAAAUGCGACUGGAAACCUCUUUUGGGAUGAUGGUGAUACCAUUGAUUCGAUUGAAGCAAAAGCCUACAACUACUUGGAAUUUUCAUUAGUUCUGAACACUUUGACCAUCGAUACAAUCGUAGCGAAUUACAAAGAUUCACCGAUGCGUUUGGAACUUGUUCGAGUUCUCGGUGUUAGCAAAGUGGUAACGAGUGUCACUGUAAAUGGAAAAGAUCACAAGGACUUUUUCUACAAUGUUUUUGAUCAAAUUUUAAUCAUAUACGGUCUCGACAUGGAUAUGCUUGUUCAGCCUAGCCAAACCAUUGAAUGGACAACAACAACGAUUAAUUAA